AUGGGCGAGGGCCGCAGGGCGGUGAGAAGGAUGCUAGUCGUUUCAGGGAGAGACUCAGGCCAAAGCCAGUCCCCAGGGGAGGCAGAGGGGCCCCCAGAGGCCGCUGGGCCCCUCGUCCCGCUGGAGGCCGAGCCUCUGGGACAGACCCGCCCGGCCAGCCUGGGGCCAGCAGCCCACGUGGCGGGUCAGCGGACGCCCACCUUCCCCGCGCGGUUCACCUCCCGACCCGGAAGCGGUUCUCCCGGAAGUCAGGGAGCCGAGGGUCCGCGCAGGGAUGGCGCUUGGAAAGGGCCUGUUCCGGCGCCUCUGCGGGACCUGCGAGGCCCCCACGGCGCCCCAGCUUCGCCCGCUCGCCCCGGGGGCUCCCCCGGGCCCUGGAAGAGGACGCAGCUGGCGCGGGGGCUGCAUCCGUCGGACACGCUCGGACCCGCGCUCCUUCGGUGCCGACUCCAGGCCGCGCAGGGAGAGACCGCGCUUCGCAGGGGCCAUACAACCUUGCUCGGGAUCAUGGGACUUAGGCUGUCUAUUUUGAGAUCCACGCCCUUUGACCUAUAUCACAGGACAGUGACCAUGGCAGAAGGUGAGCACCCACAACUGAGAGUCUACAGUCACCCCCGCUCCCAUCACAAGAGGAAGAUGCUGAAGACCAGCCCAGGAGAAGGGACGAGAGGAACACCGCUGUGUCGUGAAGGACUGGAGUUCAACUCUGUCGACUUCGCUAGCAGCUUAACGUGAAGACACAAGAAGAGGACACUGGAGGAACCAGAAAGAAGGCCCUAACCACAACAUGACCAUGCUGACACCUUGAUCUCUGACACAUUCCUCUGGAACCGUGAGAAAUAAA